GACAGCACUCAACACCAAAAUUAGCCUCCAACUCUCCCUCAGACCAAAGGGAGAGAGAGAGAGAGAGAAAGAGAGAGAGAAAAGAAAGAGCCAGCCACAGUCACAACGUCCGACAUCAUCACCAGAAACAAACAAACAAACAAAACAAAAAAAGAGAAAAGCCCCGAAAGAGACGAAGCGGCCGAGCAGCAGCAGAGAGCAGCCUCCAUCUUUAACAGGCUGCAGACACACACACACACACACACACACACAGAGAGAGAGGGAGAGAGAGAAAGAGGCUAACGCUUGUGUUGUGAUCAACAGGUAAGCGGCUCCACGACAGCCCCGCGCUAGCAACGUUAGCUGCUCGAUGCUAGCUGCUGCUGCUGCGUAGUGAGCGGAAGGGAAGAAAACAAAGCGGCGGCGGGUCGCGAUGCUCGGUGCGUAGAUGGCGAGGCGGGGAUAAAGCGCGUGCUGUGCGGGGGAAGAGGAGGGUCCCGUCCUCGGUAGCACGGAGAUGUGUUUGCUAACAGAGGUGAGGGGAGGGCGGAGGGGCGACAAUAUCAACAGCGUCGUUAGCCGUUAGUAGUUUUUACGACGGGCAGCAGCCGCUUUGCGUCUUAUGUAACUAACGGCCUGAGCAGCGUCGGUCAGGGAGAGAGAGAGAGAGAGAGAGAGAAAAAGAGAGGGAUCUGGGUUGAAUGAGAGAGAGAGAGAGAGAGAGAGAUUGAGAGAGAGGGGAGGAGGAAGAGGAGGAAAAAAAAGAGCAGCACCGCUUUGCUUUGAAUUCACAUGGCACAUUUACAUUUAGGUUCGCACACACACACACACACACACAGAGACACACACAGACGCUACACAAAUACAAAUUGAAAGGGGGCUACCGGGGGGACGGCUUUGAUUUAAAGGCUGAGUUUGGAGGCGGCAGCGAGGGGACGCGGAGUGACUUAGUCGCCUCAAAGUUGUUAAGGUGAUGGUGGAUUCUGACAACCGUGACUGAGAGCUCAACCAAAGCUGAAAAAAAAAACCCCUGUCAGGACAGAAGGAAGGGCAGGCUGAGCAGGGCUUCUCUCACGGACCUGCAACGCACUUGAUCAAACUCCAAACUGUAAUGCCCAGCUGUUACGCAUAAAAGCAGCACCAGGCCUGGACCAGAGGUCGGCCGAUGCUUCGUGGAGUUUAAGACCUUCUUGAAGAAAAGUCCACAAGGCUGAAAAAAGUGGAGUUACUUGAACCCGAAGGAAGAAAUGGAAGGAUAUUAGUUUGGACCUGGCCCCUGGUUCCCGUUGCAGUGUGGAGUACGGCACCGUGCUGCUGGACGGGCCGCGGCGCCGCGGGACUGAAUCGAGCCGCUUCCACAGAACUGUGGCCAAGACCCGCAGUCAGCCAUGAUGUGUUUAUAACCUGAUGAUCAGCAGAGAGAUGGUGAGGAAGAAGAACCCCCCUAUCCGGAGUGUGGGAGGUGAGGAGGAGGAGGAAGAAGAGGGGAGGAGGCCAGCAGCAGGAGAAGAGGAGGAGGAGGGAGAGGAAGAGGGGAGAGUGGGAGCAGAGGCCGAACGGAUAAACCGACCCUCUGAGCCAGAGUCCUCCGAGCGGGUCAGAGGCGAUGAGGAGCAGGAGGAGGAGGAGGGAGAAAGUGAGUGUGUUUCCUCAUCUGUCUCUCCCUCAUCAGUGGGUGAACGCUACGCUAAUGAGGAGAGAGGGGGCAGGAGAGGAGGAGGAGGAGGAGGAGGAGGAGGGGGCAGGUCCAAACAAGGCAAUGCUGCGUUGACUGACAGACCCGAGAGCCAGUCGGAGCCCGAGGACGGGGAGAAGGGGGUGGUGGAGAAGGAGAGGAGCGACCGCGUCUCACCUCCUCUGCUCUCCGCUCCCCACCUCCUCCCCGGACAGGAAGGAGGGGAGGAGUCGACAACCGACACUCCUCCGCUCUCCUCCAGCCCCUCUCCCAAGCUCCAGGACUUCAAGUGCAACGUGUGCGGUUACGGCUACUAUGGCAACGACCCCGCCGACCUGGUGAAGCACUUUAGGAAGUAUCACCUGGGUCUGCACAACCGCACACGGCAGGACGCUGCCCUCGACACACACAUCCUGGCCCUCCACAACAUGGCCCCUCAACACACACCUCUAGACAUACAGACAGGACAAGGGCAGAGGAACCAGGCCAAAGAGUCGGGGAAGACGAGGCCAGAUAUACACGCUCAACAGCAUAGGGCAGUUAUGAUGAAUGGCACAUAUGACGUACAGGUGACCUUGGGAGGCACGUUAAUUGGGAUUGGCAGGAAGACCUCUGAUUGUCAGGGAAACACUAAGUACUUUCGCUGCAAAUUCUGCAACUUCACCUACAUGGGCAGCAACUCCUUAGAACUUGAACAGCACUUCCUGUCCUCGCAUCCGAACAAAGUGAAAUCUCCACCGACCACCCCCCUGCUGGCUACAAACAACGUGGCCAAGCAAGACAACCAGGCGACAGGCAGGAGUCCGAUCAUCGAUGGGGUGGAGCGAGUGGCAGUGAGGGCGGAAGACGACACCGUGGUUGGGUACUGCAUCCCGGUCAGGGCGUCUUCGGAUUCGUCCAGCUGGACGGGGGAGCCGGGUCGAGGCGGCGUGCAGGCUUAUUACUGGUGUAAAUUUUGCAGCUGGAGUUGUGAGUGGUCAGGGGGCUCGGCGAAGCUCUUGGAGCACUAUGAACAGAGACAUAGAACGAACCUGGGAGGCACUAUGAGCCCCAGCAACUCUACUCCUGGGGCGCUGGACAGAGAGCGGGAGAGAGGAGGGAGGAGAGAAGGGGGCGAGCGAGACCACACGGCAUCCAAGAGCCGCAAAGAUCCAUCAUCGAACCCAUCCAGCACCAGCCAAGGAGAUCCGAACAGCAGCGACCCAGAAGCAGUGGUGACCAGUUAUAACUGUCAGUUGUGCGAUUUCCGGUACUCGAUGGCCCACAGCGCUGACGUCAUCGUCGUGGCGCCGUUGCUGCUGCACUAUCAGCACAACCACUCCAUCCACCGGUGCUGCAUCCAGCACUGCAUGUACUGUCCCCAGGGGCUCUGCCAGCCACACAAACACUUGGGGGAGGUGUCCCACCCCUUUGCCUGUCGGAAACCCGCCUGCCCUAAAUGCUGUACCAAGCUCUCUCCGUCCACCAAACAGCAGGACGCAGCUGGUCCGAAACCUGCCGCCACCUCCACCUCACCCAGCAUGACCCCUCCUAACCCUAGAGCUGAACCAGGCGUCACCCACUUGUGUGACCAGUGUGCGUUCGCCACCACCGACAUCGACGUCUUGCUGCAGCACUACGAAACCUGCCAUACCCUGAUCAACCUAAAGGGGGCGUCCCCACACGUCAAGGCCGAGGAAGAGGUCGACAAAGAUGUUGGCGGAGGAGAGAGGGAGUACUCUUGCACAAAGUGUCACUUCAUCACAGAAGUGGAGGAAGAGAUUUUUAGACACUACAGGCGUGUCCAUUCGUGUUGCCGUUGUCGACGCUGCGACUUCACGGCUCCAGAUUCAUCAGCCCUCCUCGACCAUUUUAACUCUGUCCACUGUCACGACUCCUCUCCCUCAUUAAGCUCAUUUGUUACGACCUCCUUACCCACAUCGCUGACGCCUUCAUUAACACUCUCUGCCAAUGGCUGCUCAGCUCCCUCCACUUUAGCCAUUAAAGAAGAGAGCAAGGGGGAUCUUCGCCUCCUCUAUUCCCUUGCGCCACCUGAGGGUCGGCUGGCAGAAGGUGGCAGAGAAGAGGGAGGAGGGGUGGUGAAAAGCGAGGGAGGGGAGGAGAAAGAAAGAGAGAGGGAGAAAGGCUGGGUCCUUGGGGAGACGAGAGGAAUAGGUGAAAGAGGAGGUGAGCAGGCCCAUGGUUUGCUGUGGGUGCCCAAGGAGCGAAUGGGACCCGACAGAGGAGUAGAAAGAGGAACAGGAGGCGGGAGCCCCUCUCUUUUCCCCUCCCCCCUCCCAUUGUCUUUUGUUUCAGCCAAUCACGAGGCCUCGCAGCACAAACGGGGCGUGGCUUCGCCGAGCAUGGUUUACCUGGGAGACACAAAGUCAUUUUUGGGAGAUACCAAGUCGUUUUUGGGAGACGCCAAGCUGUACGGAGGGGGGCGGCCAGGAGGAGGAGGUGGCCCUGCAGGUGGAGGGGAGAAGCAGAGCCCGAUGCCCUCUCAGCAGUAUACAGGAGGCGGAGGACAGGAGGGCAAAGGAGGAGCUGCAAAAGAGGAGUCCCAGUCCCUGCUACGGCGGCGCAGAGGCAGCGGGGUCUUCUGUGCCAACUGCCUGACCACCAAGACAUCGUUGUGGAGGAAGAACGCUAACGGAGGCUACGUCUGCAACGCUUGUGGUUUAUACCAAAAACUGCAUUCGACACCCAGACCUCUAAACAUAAUCAAGCAGAACAACGGUGAACAAAUUAUCCGACGGCGAACCCGCAAACGCCUCAACCCCGACCCGCUGUCGUCUGAAAACCCCACCCCCAAGCAGCAGCGAAUCACCAGCGAGGAGCGCAUGAAUGGGGAGGAGUCUGACCGGAGCUGCACGUCUAUGAAAAACCAGCAGCCCUCCCCUCGCUCGCGCUCGCCCCGCUCUACUCAAGCCUUCUUAGCCAAUCAAACGCUGGAGAUCCACAGACGCAUGCCUCCCCUCCUCGUCCCUUCGCACCCCCCCUCCUCGCUGGUAGUCGAGGGCAAUGGCGGCAUGGCAGAGGGUGUAAUAUCAUCAAAGCUAGAGGGAGUUAAAGGGGGAGGGGGGUCAGAACGAGGCAGUCCCAUUGAAAAAUACAUGCGUCCGUCCAAACCGUCUAGUUAUUCGCCUCCUGGGUCACCGAUUGAAAAGUAUCAGUAUCCCCUUUUCUCUCUACCCCUGCCGUUAACCCUCUCACCUGAUCUCACCCCUGAGUCCGAUUGGCUCAGAUUCUGGACCAAGUACAAGAUGGCGGCCACCUCUGGGGUUCCUGGUAGCCUCAGUAAUCUAAGCAGCCCUGGUAGCCUCGGCAAUAACGCACAUUACCUUAGUGCAAUGGUUUCGCCUGUACAGCAUCAUCAGCAAAGCUACACGGUGCCUUACUGCGCCUCUCCCUACUCCCCUCUUCCACCCCCUCCAGCUCCCCCUCACUAUCCCCCUCCUCCUCUUCAUCCUCAAACCUCGUCCUCCUCAUCAUCGUCAUCAUUAGAAAACGACGCUCCGUUGGAUCUCGCAAUAAGACAAAGGGAUACGAGUGCUGCAAAUGCCCAUGUGUCAACAAAUGGGGCAGAGAGGAGAAAGCUGGAGUCGCCACGAGCUGAGAGGUUGCGAGAGAACUGGAAAGCAGAGAAAAAGGAGGAGGAGAGUACUGAUGAAGGCAGCAACAGGAAGGAGGUGUCGGGAAAGGAAGAGCAGGAUCGUUUGACAAAAGUUGUAUCGUCGAAUCGCACGAUGGUGGAAGUAGCCACGCAGGAUGACCUGACCAAUCGCUGCAUCCACUGUGGGAUCUACUUUUUAGAUGAGGUCAUGUAUGCCCUGCACAUGAGCUGCCACGGCGACCAGGGACCGUACCAAUGCAGCUUUUGCCUCCACACGUGUGCGGAUCGCUACGAUUUCACCACACACAUACAGAGGGGCUUACACAGGUACACGGACAAGACGCCGCAACAGAAGGGCCAGCCGCAGGAGGGCGAAACUCCGAGCAUCGUGGAGACGUCCCAGCAGGAGACAGGAGUUGUGACUCCAGAGGAAAGGAUGGAUGAAGGCGAUCAAGAUGCGGUCACGUGUGGAAGUGAUGAUGUCACAGCAGAGGGUCCUGAUGACCGAGCAGAAGGAAUUACAGGCAGUGUUGUCAAUGAUAAUGAAACGGAAGCGGAAAUGGAGGUAGGAGCAGAGAGUCACGACGAAACAAACCAGGAUUUAGGAGGCGAAACGGCGUCGGACGGCAGCGCUGACGUCACAAAGACUAUCGAGGUCACGUCUGUCGCGGAGUCUAAAGACGAGGAGGAGAUCGUGGAGAGUAACUAACCCUGACACCUCUUACCCCCACAAACCUUUACGAACAUGUUUCAUCAAAUGAAUAAGCUGUAUGCCAUCACGUUCCUGGAGGCUAGCUCAUGUCAAAGCGGGCCUAUCCCGGGCACUAAACGGAACACAUCCUUAUGCUGGAAGCAGUCGGCUGUCAAAUGGUCAAAAAAAUCAUCGUAGGAUCCCGCCGCACGGCUGCAGGGACAAUAUGGAGGAAGAGUCUGUCGAGCAAAGGAUCCCUCGACGGCUCUUUAGCAACUUACUCAACAACGGAGUCCGGGCAUGCAGUUGAAAUCACCAUUAAUUAACAGCCACUUGUGUGCUUUCCAAAUGAGAGGAUUGGAAGCUCGACUGAAAGCGAGACUGGUUUCAUUUAGGAUGAGUUCAUGGAGCUCAGCACCUGCACAGCCAACACACAGCAGAGCAAAAAAUACAAAAAAAUUAUGCUACAAGCAAAACACUUGAGCUGAGCUGAACUGAGCUGAUCUCCUAUGCACCAAACUGAACCCCGAGCUGGGCCGCGACUGCUCCCAUGCAUCACUCAGACUGUUAUAUCCUGGUACGACCAGAUCUGAUCUGGUCCCUGCGCCCGGAGCAUGUUUUUAACUCAUUUCCCGCUGUGCAAAUGAACUCAAAACCAAAACUUAUUUUAAAGACUUGAAGUUCAGAACAAAUCCAGUUUGUUCUGGGCGGCCGUUGGAUUGGUGCAACGGGUUCUUUCACACUUUGCUGAAACUGACAGUGUUCGCUCAGAUCAAUGCAAAUUCACCACGGCUGCAAAGUGGCGCAAAAAUGUCGGAGUGGUUGGAUUUGAUUUGACCAUGACUUUUUGAACUGCUUACUUAAAACCAGUUUGAACUGGUUGAACCGGUGCAAAGCCGGACCGAAGUGUUCUCUUCAUCCAUUCGGAUUGAACCAAGUGACAAUGUUUUCUACCUUCCUCCGUGCCAUGAUACUAGCUACGUGCCUGGCUGCCUGCCUAAUAGAACAACCAUCUAUUAACCUGCUUAACAUUUAUAUUAAUAAUAAUAAAGGUAAUAAUAAUAAUGAUGAUAAUGUUAUAGUUGAAAACAUGCAAUUUGCUACUCUUUCCUAUAUAAUAUGUUAUUUUGUAAAGGAAAAUAAUGCUUUUUUGCAGGAAUUGGUACUAUAAGAAUUAGUUUAUUUGCAAUUUCCUUUUGUUUUCUCGUUUUUUGAGCUAUUUGUCGUUCUUAAGGAGACUUGUUACAGCCGUCUAACAGAAAUGGUACAGAGAAAACGAGGGGGUUGUGUGUCCGUGUGCAUUUGUGUUAUUGCGACGUUUAUGUGUGCCAGGAUCAGAGGAUGUGUCCGUCCCCCAACAAUGAUGUUCAACAUAAUGAAGGCUUGCGCUUGUUUUUUGUUUUCAGUCCUCAGGGGUCACACGUGUUGCACACCAACCCGCCUGUUUCAUAGCAUGGGACACGUCCAUUUUACAUGUUGAAUGGUGUAAUGGAUUUAGCAUGUUCUCUUAUACAUGUUCUUAUCAUGUUCUUUAUGUGCCAAUAGAUCAACAUGGUCUCAGUAUGUAACAUUUAUUUUUCUGUAUGUCUUUUACAUGUUGUUAGGAUUCAUGCUUUUGUAGAGAGACUUAGGAACUUAGGGAGAAAAACCCUAACUUUUAUCAAAAGGAUCAAUUCUUUGGGUUAAGUGUAUAAAUCUUUGCUCUGUGCUGAGUCUACGGAGCCUCUCAUCUACAGUGUUUAAAUCAGCUGAUAUAUUGCUGAGGAGUUUGUUAGUUUACCUCUAUGUAGCAUGUUAGCGUCUUAUUAAAUCUGCAAAAUAAGUCGCCUUAACUCGGAAUGGGAAUUGUUACUCGUUAGACCUAAACAAUACUAAAGAAAACACAGGAUUGUUUUACGUCUUAUUAUAAUUCAGUGAAGUAAAAUGGAACAUGUUGCUGUCAACUCAAGCCCCCCCCCCCCCCGCAUGCGGUCAUUGGCUACUCGUGACCCACUUCACAUCCAUCUUUUAAAAUGCAUUUUAAAAUGUACCUGCUCUUCUUCAGAGCCAAGUCUCUCUAAACCAAACUUUGCAUUUUUCAUCGUUUACGUUUGUCAUUGAGUUGUCAAACGACCCCCCCACCUGCUGUCCUUUAAAAAAAAAGCAACACGGUGGCCAUCUUGUUUAUUUAAAAAAAAAAAAAAAAAACACUUCUCAAGCCUUGCUGCCUUAGUUGCUAGAAAACAAACACACACAAAAAAUCACCAAGGGACUCCUUUGAAGGAAACAAUAAUAGGCUGAUUGAAAGACAAGAUGGAGGAAGCUGAAGAAAGAGAGAUAUUUUUCUAUGCUUUUUCCAAAAAGACAUGAAUGACAAAUAUUCCGCCUAGUGCCUGGUAACUUGUUUUUGUUUUUCUAAUGGCUGCGUCUGUCUGUGUCAGAAAGUUUUUGUGAGUCAUGAGCCACGUCAGGCAGAAGCUGGACAAACAUUUUGCUUCCGACUGAUCAGAUCCUUUCCAUAUGUGCAUUUUCAGCCUAAAACCCAUUUGGUUGUUAUGCUAACUGUUGCUUUCAUUUUCACAUGUAUGUACACUACUUGGGAGAAAGUAGAAAUAUUUGCCUCAGUUACUUGUGUAUGAAAACCUGAAUACCAGGAUGUUCUCUAGUGUGUUUUGGUUUAUUUGGCGAUAGAAGAUGAAUUACAGCUUGAAACCAUGUCGCCAGUUCACGCUAAAGAUACAGCUCAUUCUAACAUGGUAUUAUGCUGAGGUGGAGUUUGUUAUUAAUUCAAUUCUAUACGAUUUUAAGGGGUUAACUCAGGACGUUUUAAUGUGUCAGCAAAAGAUCCAAUUUCAUUCUUUUUUUUUCAAAGCAGCAGUGAUAUGAUGUUUCUCUCUUGCAGAAAUUUCUAAAAUGUAACAAAGUAGAAAAUCUGAUAAAUUCCCCCGUCUGCCCUGUCGAGUACUUACACCCUGCAGCAACCUUUUUACAUUUGAUUUUCCAGUCUUUUAAACAAUUCAUAUUGAUGUAUAGAAACAAAGCAUUUCUAAAUACCUUAAAGGGGCUGUAUGUUAGAAUUGGCCAGCUAUUCAGUUCAUACCCCAAACAACUAAGGGGUAGCAUAUUCUUUUAUUUCACAUUAUCUUAGCGUGUGUCCAACCCCGCCUCUUCCCCUGAGCAAUGGACAGCCUGGCCAUAAGGCAAACAAAGACAAAUCCUGAUGAGCUGAUUGACUGUCAAGAAAAAAAUCCAUAAUGUUUUAACCAGCCUUGUCAGUCUCCUCUGGCCUGUUCUGUGUAGCUGUCAUUCAGGGGGCUCAUAAAGGAUCUCCAGGAGAGGCAUUAGUCUACAAUGUAGAGUUUUGAACGGGAUUGAUUGGAACUGCAGACAAGAGAGCGGCUGCAGCGUUGAGGCGAGAAGGAGGAACACGACUGGAAACUGCAGGUUCACACAGAACCUGCAGUUUCCACUUCUUCAUCCUCUGUUGGACCAAGGGCAGAUGCCACAGUGACUCACUGUUACCUCCUGAGGUACAACACAAAACGUAAAGAUAUUUUUAAACUGAAAAUCGUACAUAUUGAUCACUCGAUCAAAACGUUAUGUCUUGAGAUGGAUGGAUGGGUGCCUUUGAAGAAAAUAAACCGAGAGCAUGUGGAUUGAAAGGCGGAGAAUGGGAUCAAAAUAAACUUUCAGAGGUUUAGUUGAUGCGUCCAUUCAUCCCACCUCUCGUCAGUUUGUUUUUCGCUUCAACUACGUUAACAUCGCUCCUCUCUUUCCUCAUCUAUUAUCUUUAAUUCGACGCAUACUUCUUUUCCUGUCUGUUUCUGUCUCGUCUGUUCUCUCCUCUGCCGCUCACCUCAUAUGCUCCUGCACCUUUCUGCCUCCCUGCUUUCAAUGAAAGUAAUUGAGGUGUUCUCAGCAGGUGGACGGGGUUGAGAUGGAGUAUGUUGACUCUGUUAUUCAGAUUUGUGCUCAAAAUGAUUGAUUCUGACUCUUGCCCCCAAAUCUGCUCAUGUUGACUUGGUUAAAUUUCUCUCCUACUUCAAUUGUUUUUUGUUUGAUUGUGGGAAGAAAUGAAUCUAAUUUGAGCUCAUGAACUUUCUGAUAUCUUGUGCUUUUGGUAACAAUUUCCAAGAUUUUCACUGGAUUUCUGAACAAAACGGUAGAAAGAGGAUUUGCAUGGGUGGGAAAACGGUCUGGUUCUGCCUUUUCUAAAAAAUUUUUUUUCCUCGAGUCUGGUUUUACAUCUCGUGCCUCAGUGGGCCGGAGACGAAUCCCGUUGCCAAAAUGUUUGGAUGGUUUAACUUUUGAAAGAAGAUCCCCUCUCUGUUCUGAGUUGAGAGCGGGACGGACACAGCCUUGAUGAUGAAAGCCUUUGUUCGUGCACACUCUUUCUUAUUGUAAGUGGCCUGCAGAACUCCUUCCUUAUCCAAAUAUCUUCUUUAGCGUCUUCGCCAGCCGAACGUCGCCUACAGAGUCGUGUGAGGAAAGUGUACAGCUGCGUUUUCAGUCCUAAAGAAGACCUUUAAUUAAGAAAAGAGGCUCUGCAGGUCACAUGACAGGACAUGACUUUUUACUUCAUUAUUGAAUUGUAUGUGUUUUGGUUUGAUGGCAUUUCACAUCAGCGUUUACAUUGGGGGGAGGGGCCUUAACAAGUGUUUUCAUUUUAAUCUCUCUGAAUGUGUUAUAGAGUUGAUGCUGUUGCUUGCACUCAGUUUAUUAUGUUCUUAUUGCCAAGGAAGGGAUAACACACACACACAUACACACACACACUCUCGCACACACAUACACACACAUACAGUGGUACGGAUUCAGUGUACAUUUUGGGAUGUACUGUAUUAAUCAUGGGAGACAAGGGAGCGAAAGGCCAGUUUGUAAUUGGUCAGACAAACAUACGCAUGCACACACACACACACACACAAUGACUAUGUACAUUUAACCAAUAUAUUUUAGUAGAAUUUUUAUUUCUCUAUUCAGUCGAAUGGCUUUUAUAGAAAGUAUGGGAUUUUUUUCUUUUCUUUUCCUCCGUGUUGUAUUUUAUUCUGCUACUUCUCUGUAUGUUAUUGUUUUUAGGUUUUAUCUCAUGCAAAAAAUGAUAUUUCAACAACAUAUUUUGACAGCCAAGAAAAGUUUGUUACACAGCUAAACUUGAAGAAAUAAUGAUGACGAUGAUAAUAAUUAAUAAAAGUAAUAACAAACA